AUGGCACCCUCCGCUGUCCAGGCCGAACCAGCGCCCGUCACGCAAACCAAGCAGGUCGUUCCACGAUCCAAAGACGACGCGACCAAGGAAUUGACGCCGCUGCAAGCCAUAUCCCAGGGUGUUUGCCUCCCUGGAAUCCCACUCUUCUCCUCGUAUGACAAGCAUCGCGCGUGGAUACUAUCACACAUGGCCGGCGCUUUCCGCGUCUUCGCACGGAACGGCCUGACCGAAGGCAUGAGCGGACACAUUAGCGUGAGAGAUCCCGAGAACCCACAUACUUUCUGGACCAAUCCGCUCGGAAAGCAUUUUGGUCUCCUCAAGGCAUCGGACAUGGUCCUGGUCGAUUACGACGGCAACGUAGUAGGAGGCAAUCAAAGCAGGCCCGCAAACGCAGCAGGCUUCCUUAUACAUUCGGCGAUACACAAGGCGAGACCCGACGUCAACGCGGCGUGCCACUGUCAUGGAAAGGCAGGCAAAGCGUGGAGUGCCUUUGCAAAGCCAUUGGAAAUGCUGAACCAGGACGUAUGCUACUUCUACGGCGAUGCACAAGCCGUAUAUGAAGACUUUGGUGGCGUCGUCUUCAGCGAGGAAGAGGGCAAGAAGCUGGCCUCGGCUUUGGGGGCAAAGGGCAAGGGCAUGGUCCUGAGAAAUCAUGGCUUGCUGACCGUAGGAGGUACUGUUGACGAAGCCGCGUUCCUCUAUACCCUCAUGGAACGCUCUUGCGAUGUCCAACUCAAGGUUGAGGCGGCAGCAGCCAAUGGUGUCCCCAAGGUAUACGUUGACGACGAUGCAGCUGCAUACACAUUCAAGAUGGCGAGCGACGCUGAAAGCUUGUACUGGGAGUUUCAGCCGGAUCUGGAGUACGAGUACCAAAUGAGCAACGGUGCUUUCGCGCAUCCUGACUGCGACGAGGUAGUAUGGCCGGGUUACUGA